AUGCUCUUGAAUCGCACCCUGACACUGCUCAGGGGAUCCCAGUAUAGUAUAGGACAGUUAGGAAAUGUACAGAGUCGAUGCAUAUCGAUUCUGUCGCAAUUGCAGCCGUCGGAGGGCUCCACGAAAACAUACAAAAGAGUGGGUCGCGGUCCCUCUUCGGGCAAAGGUAAGACGUCUGCGAGAGGUCAGAAGGGUCAAAAAGCUCGUGGAAAGGUGAAAUCGUGGUUUGAAGGUGGUCAAACACCUAUUUACAAGCUUUUUCCCAAGAUAGGGUUCACCAACGUAACAUCCUUGCAACUUAGCGAGCUGAAUUUGGACCGCGUGAUGUGGUUUCAUCGCAAGGGCCGUUUAAAUUUGGAGCCAGGCGAGGUGCUGGAUAUGAAAAAGAUGAAGGAUCUGGGACUGGUAACCGGGUCCAUCAAAGACGGUGUUAAACUUCUGGGCGAUGGGAAAGAGUAUUUCAAUCUUCCGUUGAAAAUAGAGGCUACCAGGGCGUCCAAAGGCGCCAUCAAGGCUCUGGAACGCGCCGGAGGAGAGUUCACGGCCAGAUACUUCAACAAACUAGGGUUGAGGGCGCAUUUGAGUCCUGGCUGGUUUUUGGAAAACCGUGGACGUAUUCCGCUACAAGCAAGGCCUGUCAAGAGAAAAGAUAUCGACUAUUACAGUAGUCCACUCAAGCGUGGCUAUUUGAACAAGGAAAACGAUCCCUUUCUAAAGCAAAUCCAGGAGGCCAGAGCCGGUGGACACCAGACUUUGGCCCGUAAGGCCGCUAAGAAGACAGCUUUGGAAUUGCAACUGGAGAAGUCGGGAGGCGAGACCGUUCAGAACGCUCAAACCGUUCAAUCACAGAUCAUCACCGUGGAACAACUGCGGUGA